GAAUACACCCAUUUCUUAAUGUGCGGCGGCCAUAUUGUUCGUGACAGCAUUUCGCACGAGUGGGAAAUAGAAUAUUACUUGCAUUUAAACAUUACUUGAAUUUUUAACUAUUUUGCUAGGAUACUCGCAAUGAACUAAAAAUGCCAACAUAUUUUCAAAAACCUGAAAAUGCUUUGAAAAGAGCAGAUGGUAAGUUGAAAUUAUCAGUAGUUUUCAGCCGGAAUGCGAUUAAGACUAGACUAAGGCGGCUAAGGCUAAGCAGAUGGUGAAAUGGCAAUGGUGGAAAGUAAAUGUUAAAUUUUUCAGUAGUAUGUUAUGUAAGUACCUUGCACAAUUGCUUCACUUGAAGACUGCCAUUUCACCUCUUUAAAAGAUAAAAUUAAUCAGUGUGGGGUUUACCCAAUUAGGAUAUGAUUUGAGAUUUUAAAUAAAUAUAGUAUACAAAAAGGCAAUCCUCCGAAGUCCGGUACCAAAUUAUUUUGUAUGAAAAAAAUUGCAAUGCACAGUGUCUAUUGUUAGAAAACAACAGAAAUGUCAGUCAUAGCCUUUGCAAAUAACUGUCAGUUUACAAACCAGUCAGUAAAUACGAAAUGUUGUAUUUGUAAUUGGCACAUAACAUUUCCAAAUAGCAGCCGAAAACGUUCUGCUGUGACUGUUGCGCCACUGAAGGCUCCAAGUAGCUGGCAAACAGACCGUGACUAGUACCACUCUGAUAGCAGAGUUUACGUUUCGCUUGCAUCCAAAGUCCUUCAUUGGUUUAUGUGUGAAUGUCCUGAUCUACUGGAUCAACAAAUUCAUGCGCGUGCACAAUGAUAGCGUGAGCAUAAAUCCCGUUGUUGAGCUGACCGAAAUUUUGAUAUCCUCGCCCAUCGUCCGUGACGAUAGCUGUCCCUGGUAACACAUGAUUAGUUAUAAUGCGCUCGAGUGUUUGUGCAUCUCGACGGCCGACAACCUUGAUCCAACAUCGUCAAAUGGGAGUUGGCACAGAAGAAUAGGCCUAUGAGUUUUUAAUUUUUGGAAGUUGGAACUGUUUUAUUAAAGAAAGGACUAGGCUAUAAUUUUGUUAUAAAAUUGUGGUAUUUAUCAAUAUGGUUUACAGUAGUGGACAUCUUCACCUACAUUUCCAGCAUUUUUUCCCCUCUUCAAUCGACCCCAUAAUUAGAAAUUCAUAGGAUAAUAUAGUAUAUAUAUAAGGCAUCUUUCCCUACAAAAUUUUGUAAGAAGUUCAAAAUCUGUCUUUCACUUUCAUAAAUCUUCUUCUGCGUUUUUUGUUAUAUAUUGAUGUAUAUUUGUGCCAAUUCUCAAAGAGCUAGGACAUGUCGGUCAUAAGUUAUGCUCGUUAAGUUAACACACAUAAGGUCACCCUGCCCCAUUUCAACCACGCCCCCCUUUUUAAUGGUCAUGGUGGAAGAUGUCAAUACUUCUGAUGUAUUCAAUUAUUACCACUACUCACGUCAAAAAAUUUGAUAACUUGUAUUUUAGAGUGAAUUUAAAGGCAUUUAAAUAAGAAUAUUUUAAUUUGAGGUUUAAACAUCGGGUUGAGUCCAUAUUUAUUAUAAAUUAUAAUAAAUUGCAGUGUGCAAAACAUUGUCAUCGUGGCCGUCGUGGGCAGCCAUUCAGUCACUAGUUGUCACUAGCAUGUAAUAUACUACUAUAGUUUCAUUCAUAAGAAUUACAGUGUGCAAACACUAUUAAAUCAUUGGUCAGGGAAAGCUUUAAUUCAUUAGUCAUGUGCUAAAGUUGAAAGUUCAAAAUAAUAAGUCCCAAACCAGUAUUAUUAUUUUUUUAAGGAGACAUAGUGUCUGCCUUUAUGUAGACCCAUAGUUGUAGCAGUAUGGUUUUUUGUUUCAAUUUAUCUAAUUUUUUUACGAGAGCUAAAAUUGUUCAUUUCAAAGACAUGUUUUCAGUGUCUUAUUUCAUUGUCAUUACGUGUUAUUUCAACUAUUUCUGGAGCGGCACGUUGUGUCCAUACUUUUUAUGAUCCUCAUUAUAAACUACAAUUAAACAAAAAAAAUGUUACAUUUUAUCUAAACUUUUAUACACAACUCGAGAAGAAAAUAUUUGAAUAAGUUAAUGUUUAUUUGCUUAUUAGAGAAAAAAAACAAAUAGAUGUUACAGUCUAUGAAUGAAAUUAUUAGGACCAGCAGCUGUGCUUUAACCAAUACAUUUUCUUUUCUGAUCAUUCUGAAACUGGUAUUGAUUCAAUAAUUGUAGGUUUUUAAUUUUAAGUGAAGAAACAUUAUGUUUUUAUUUUUAGACACUGACACUGAAAUCGAUUUGUUUUUUGUUAAUCUAUCCCAGAACAAUCGAUUAAAUCAAAGAAAUGCAUACUUUUAAAUAAAAAUUUUAUUUGCAAACUAAUAUUAGUUUAACAUAAAUAUUGAAUAAUAUGUAACAACACGAGAAAGUAUCACUUUUCUAAAAAGAAAAUAUAUGAAAAAAAGUAUUAGCUUCAAAAUGGUGAAAAAAGGUUCAAAAUUUAUUAAUUACAUUAUAUACUGGUUAAUUACUUUAAAAAAAAAAUUAUUUUGAAAACAUAAGUGUAAAUGUAAACAAAUUUAAGGUUUAUUUUGAUACAUUUAAAAGAGAAUUGACUUAGACGGAAAUUACGCGACCAGUUGCGAAUCUGUGCAUAAUGCAAGCGUUAUCGGCAGGCCAAAAUCUUCGAAUAACGUCGAGCGUUACGUGCACAGCUGUACGAAUAAUCACUUCGUAAUAUAUAUAAUGGACGCCUUAGACUUAGUCUUAGUGAAAAGAACAGCCAUAUCAUAUUUAUUAAAUUUAAUAAAAUAUUACAUAGCUAGAUAAAUUAAAAUGUAUUUAUAAUUGCAUGAUAAUGUUAAAAAUUAAUUUGAUAUUAGAACUUUUAAUACCUAAACCUAGCAUUAAUUCUGAAAAACAUCCAUAUGAUAUUUAAUGUAAUAGUGCAUAUUUACAUAGCUAAAUAAGCUAUACUUUAUUUAUAAUUGAAUAAUAUUGUUAAAAUUAAUCUAAAAAUUAGAAUUUUUAAUACUUUGUAUUAAAGAUUAAUAAUAAAUAAUAAACAUUGGUAUAAAAUAUCAUUUAAACCAGUUAUUGCACAUAACAUGAUAACUUCAAUCUGAUGCAGCCUCCAAUCCCUUCAUGAUGAUGACAAAUGUGUUAUCAGCUCAAUUUCACAUACAUUCUAUAUUUUAAAUUGAGUUUAUGGCAAAUAUUUAGAGUUUUAAUAAUUUAUUGCUUUUAAGGAUUAGUAUCGACAGGUGAAUAUGGGUCAUGACUCAUGUGACUUAGUCUCAUUUUAACAUUAACAUGGUCACAUAUGCUAAUAGUUCAACAAAAUGGUUUUAUCUUGGUAUUUCAGUCAGAAAUUUGCGUAGUUUUCUGGAGCAAUGAAAUCACGACCAUCAAAAUAUCCAAGAUGUUAAUAGUGAAAUAGCCCACUGAUUAAUUGUAUUGCUAAAAUUAUGUAAAUUUCCAUUUCAGAAUUUAUUGAUGUGGGGAAAAAGCAGAGGGCCUUGGAUGCCCUCUACGAUGUCAUUAAAAGUAAGAAGCAUCGAACAUGGCAGAAAACGCACGAGCCUAUUAUGGAAAAAUACCUUGAGCUUUGUGUGGAGCUUCGCAAAUCACACAUUGCUAAAGAGGGCCUUUAUCAGUACAAGAACAUAUGCCAGCAGGUACUUUGAUUAACCACACCAUAGUAUUUUGUAAUAACUCAUUAAAUUAGUUUUUAAUUUAAGAGUUAAUAUUUUUUUUAGGCCAAUAAAAUAGUAUUUGAAAUUUUAAAUAUUCAUGUCCUAUACAGAACUGUUUACUCUUAAGAUUUUGGAGUAUUCAUUAUAUAUAUUGUAUGUUUUUUUUACUAUUUAUUAAGAUAAUGUGUUGAACGAUUUUGUGAUGAUAUUGUACGAUUUUAAGAGUUUGAGGGUAAACAGGUCUGCCUAUACAAAAUCUUACUAGGUCAUAUAUCAUGUGUCCUAUACAAAAUCUUACUAGGUCAUCUACAAAUAUGAUUCCAAGGUGCAUAUUUUUUAAAGAAAGAUUUUUGUAAUCUAUUUGAGAAUAUGCAUAUCAAAAAUAACCCCUUAACUUAGUUCUUUAAUACUUUUAUAUAAUGGGUUACCAAAAGUUUUGGAAACAUAAGGUGACACAAUAUAGAUUACUGUAUUUAAAAAAUGGCCUAACUAAAAGUGCAUUACCCCAAAAAAAAAAUAAAUCCUAGUUAAUGAUUUGCAAUUUACAGGUGAAUAUAAGUUCUUUGGUUGAAGUAGUUAAAGGCUACAUCACUUUAGCGGAAGAAAAGACGGAAGCAGCAAGAAAGGAGUCGCAUCAAACUGUUGUUGAUAUUGAUGAUCUGGAUUUACCAGAUUCUCCUGAGAGGUAAUAUUGCUACUACAAUAAUUUUUAAGUUUUAUCUCAUAAGUUGUAGCAAGUAAUUUAUUUGUACCAUGUGCCAUGGUAAUGAAGCUAUAAACACCUUUGCCACUUUUAUUCAUACACUUAUCUUAAAACCUAGUUUUGUAGGAUUAAAUUUUCUUAUUGAAUAGUAGGUACUGCAGAACAAAUUUUCAAACAGCAUAUCACUAUUAAUAGCGUAAUGAUUUUUAACUUGGUAAAAACACGAACAUAACAAUCAAUUAUAAUAAUUCAAUAUAAAUUGCACUAGAACAUUAAUAAUUCUAGUGCAAGUAUUGAAAUUGUAACUCAUUGUUUAGCUCUAAACAUAUUACCUUUUUCAUUUUUUUUCCACAUAUAGCAGCAAAAGGGAUUAUAAUAUUCAAAUUUUAAGAUCCAGUGCAUAUUGCUUUAAAAUCAAUUAUUUUUAUUUUUAACUGUUCUAUUCAGCAACCCCUUAAAAAAAACCAUUUGCUGACCAUCAGUUGGGAAUCUUUGUAAUAGAGCUUCACAAUAAAUUCCACUGAAACAGAUAAAGUAAAUAGUUUUUAAAAUUUAGGAUCUCACCAUUAAUAACUAUUUUAUGCUUGAUUAUCAUAUACCUUUUACAGCCUAUUAUUGAAAGCUGUGAGUGGAGAAGACCUUCAGGAUCGUACAGAUAGGGCCAUUUUGACACCAUGGGUGAAGUUUCUAUGGGAGUCUUAUCGACAGUGCUUGGAUUUGUUGAGAAACAAUUCAAGAGUGGAAAGACUCUACCAGGACAUAGCUCAACAAGGUAAAACAAUUAGGUGUUUUUCAACACUCACUUUUUGUGAGCUCAAACAUAUUUAGGAAAGCAAUAAUUUAGAGUUAAAAGAAAGGUAAGCCGCUCAUUCAGAAUACAAAAAUACAACAACCUAAAGGGUAACAUCUGGGCUCUCUAUGGCAGUAUAUCCUAUUUAAAAAGGUGAAUUGAAAUGAUUUGGGGAAUUUUUCAACACAGCUACAUGCAGUGAUUAAUUUUCUAUUGUGUUAGACUACCAAAUUAUUCUUUUCACGUUUUCAGCUUUCAAGUUUUGUUUGAAAUACUCCAGGAAAACUGAGUUCCGAAAAUUAUGUGACAAUGUAAGUCAUAAACAAAUUUUAAUCUAAGUUAACUGAUUUGAAGCAUCACCGCAAUUAGGAAAUUAGGAUUGUUUUGCUAUAAAAUCCCUUCACAAUUAUUAUUUUUGGGUUGCAAAUUUAUAAUACAAAUGUAACGAUCUGUAAUCUGAUGGGAGAGAAUCAGGUUGGGAUUAAAGUUGAGGUGGGUGAGGGUAAUUGUGUAGAUUUGGCUGUCUGGAAAAGGGGGAGGUGAGGUUGGGGCUGGGGGGAGGGUUGUUAUUUGGAUUGGGGAGUGAAUAGCACUGAACAUGGUCACCCCAAGGUGGCACAGUGUUGUCUACCUGUAAAACAUGUGAGAUAAACAUUGUUUGCUUUGUAUUAUUUUGGUUUCAGCUGCGUACUCACUUGGGACACAUUCACAAGCACCAACAUCAACAGACUGCCAUUAAUCUGAACAAUCCAGAGUCACAAGCUAUGCACCUGGAGACUCGGUUGGUUCAGUUAGAUAGUGCCAUAAGCAUGGAGCUCUGGCAGGUGGGCAUUUUAAUAUAAACUUUUUUUAAUAUAUAUAUAUAUUUAUUAUUUAAAGAGUCUUAAUACAGUAUUGAGUGAGCACUUCUUUUCUCCUUAAAAUUGAAUUUUUAAAAUAAUCGCUGGAAUUAUUUUUUUCUAUGUCAAGAGUUUCCAAAGUGUCUUGGUCUAAAGCCUAUAAUCAUGUUGUUAAAUGUUUCUAAGCAACAUGCAACAGAAUCCACAUGGAGAGCAUUCAAUGCUACUUGUCAUAAUUACUUUUAUUGCAUAAUUUUAAAUAAUUUUUUUGGUGCUUAGCUUUUGUAUAAUCUUAAAUUAGGAUGUGGUUGCUAACAAAUACAUAACAAAGUAGUAAUAAUUGUUUUAUUUAACUUAACACAUUUAAACUUUUCAGGAAGCAUUUAAAGCAGUAGAAGACAUACACGGUUUGAUAACUUUAUCUAAGAAACAACCCAAACCUUCAUUGAUGGCUAAUUACUAUCAGAAACUUGGUUUAGUUUUUUCCAAAUCAGGAAACCAUUUGUUUCAUGCUUGCACCUUGCAUCGCUUGUUUAAUUUAUCCAGAGAGCAGCGUAAGAAUUUGUCACCUGAGGAGUUGCAAAAGUAAGUGUCAAAAUUGGAAUUAUUUUUUUUAAAUUGAAAAACAAGUAAAAUGACAAUUUUACAUCAGAUUCAUUGAUUAGGUUGUUUGUUUUAAUUUUUUCAUUAAUGAUUUUCUUUCUAGAUAUUGAAAUAAAUGGCAUAAUAUUUAAUACAACAAUAUACCUUAAUAUUUUAUUUUGUUCCUACUAGAAUGGCUUCAAGGGUACUCUGUGCCACUCUGGCAAUACCAAUCCCACCAACUAGAAAUGUGAUAGGAAACCUUUUGGUGAUGGAUGAAAGUGCUGUUGAAAAGCAAAGAAAACUUGCAACUCUUCUUAUGCUCCAAACACCGCCAACCAGGCAGUCCUUGGUGAAAGAUCUUGUGAGUUAACGAACUUCAUUUAAUUAUUAACAUUUUGUAUCUCCAUUUUAGUUAAGGAAUUUAGAAUUUAGCCUUGUUAUGUAUUUAGAGAAAAGAAAUUAAUUCUAAGAAUCAAUUAAAAUGAUUAAUUCAAUUUUUGUGCAGGUGAAUCAUGGUAGCAUUCAGUUUACCUACCCUGAACUCCAAAAUCUGUAUCAAUACUUGGAAGUAGAGUUUCAUCCCCUGAGUUUAUAUAAAAAGGUCAAGCCUGUUGUGGAUUAUAUUGAACAGAAUGAAGAUCUUGCUCAAUAUGUUCCUCAGUUGGAAGAUAUUAUCAUCACUCGAGUUCUGAAGCAGGUACAUUUAUUUUUAUUUCUUUAUUUAUACGAUCAGUUCCUUUAAUUGGUUCCUUCACUUGGUUUGAAAGUAAGUUGUCAGUUAAUUUAAGUAUCAUAGUUCUUAAACAUUUUGAUUUCUUAAACUCAGGUUGCCCAGGUGUACCAGCAAAUAAAGUUCAGUCGCUUUGCAUCACUGGUUCCAUUUGCAUCUGAGCAUCGACUUGAAGGUGUUAUUGUUGAUGCUGCUAAGACUUUAGAGUUACAGGUACUGUUUGAAAAUGAUGGCAUAAAAAUUAAAAAAUUUGUUGGUUCAGUUCUUUUAGACUAGAAAAACGAUUUUUCUGUAUUAAUAAAAAAUGUUCUUUAUGAAAGUGUGCAUCACUUAAAAUAUCAAAAGUUAUUGUUUUUUUUUUUGUUUUGUUUUUUUUACUAUGCCAUACCCCAUAGGAUAAAAAAUAUUAUUUUUCAUUUACAUUAAUGGAAAUUGGUGGUGAUUUUUUUAGGUUCACUGCCUCUAAAAAAUAAAAAAAACUUCACUUUGUCUAGCUUUGUUCCUUUGUUUUACCACAGGUGCGGAUAGACCAUCGCACAAGAUCACUAAGUUUUGGCACAGACUUGGGUGUGUCUCAGAAAGAAGAUAUUCCAGAGGGCCCUUACAUUCAGAGCAUGCCUAGUGAGCAAAUUCGCAAUCAGGUUAUUAAUAUUGCUCAAGCCCUCAACCAAGCAAUGGAAAUAAUUGGACCCAAAGAAAGUACUGUGGUAUGUGACUUUUAAUGUCAUCUACUUAUGUAGCUGAAAUUAAAUUCUAUGAAAUGAUGUGUCAUUUAAAAAAAAUAUAUUUUCAGGUCAUUUGAAAUGAUUUUAUAGCUUCUCAUUAUUUUUAGUAUAUUUUAAUUUGUAGUAUUGUAUUUCUUUUUUUUUCCAGAUAGAAGAGGAGGAGCUAAAGGCAAAUAUUUUAAACACAUACAGACUAACUGCCAAAAAAGAGCAUGCUCGCAUUCUGCUGCGUCGUCAAAUAAUUGAAAAUCGCAAAGAGCAACUGGAGCAGAACCAGGAUCAACGCGUACGUUUUAUUUACUUUUUGUCAUAAUUUUAAAUGAUUUUCAGCGUUGAUCUUCAAUUUAAAAAAAAAUGGCCAAAUGUAUUGUCAUUUAACAUUCUGAAGGAUUUCUUGAGUUAUAUAGGAAUAUCCAUUAUAAUUUUCGUGUCUAGGAACGAGAAGAAUUUGAGCAAGCAGAAGAACAGCGCCGUAAAGCUUAUGAGGCUGAGAUGGCCCGUUUGGAAAGAGAAGCUGAAGAGCGCAACAAACAGCGACAACAAGAAGAGCAUGAACAGAUAAAGAGGAGACAUGUCAAGGAGAGGCUGGAUGAACUUCGUAAAACACCACAUGGAUCUAAAAUUCUACAAAAUAUUGAUGAAGAAGUAAGUUUAAAAUAGGAACUGAAAUGAAUUUAAUGUCAAAAGUAAUUUUUUAAAGGUUUGUAUGGGGGUUGGGGUGUUUUUGUUUAUAUAUAUAUAAUCUUAUAAAGAUGUGAAUUAACUUCUUCAUUAUACAAACUACAAAAUUGUUAUCUGUAAUUAAAUUCACGUUCACAAUAAGUAUUAAAAAAUCUUAUUUCAUCUAAAGGAGAUUGCUGAACUUGAUGUUGAUGAGAUCAUGGCCAAGCAAGUGGAGCAGCUUGAAAAGGAGAAGAAAGAAUUGCAAGAGAGAUUGAAGGGACAGGAGAAAAAGGUUGAAACCAUUUAUUUAGUCAAAAAGUUUAUGUGUUGAUUCAAAAAUAUUGAUUGUCGUAAAAUUGAAGCUAACACUAAAUAUUUCAGUUUAAUAAAUUUUAAUACUGUCCUUGAGACAGUGAAAGUUGUUCCAAUAUUUUCCAUUAUGUGAUCAGCAUAGAUUUUGACCCUGGGCUAAACACUUAUGUGAUGCUUGGAAAUGACCAUUUAAAAUCAACUGAUCCCAAUUAUCCAUUAGCAAACCCUGAUAGCUUUCAGGAUUUGCAUGGUACACAAUUUACAUUUGCUAUUACAAAAAACUUGAUGCAAUUCUUUAGGUUGACUACUUGGCUAGGGCUAAGCGCAUUGAGGAAAUCCCCAUUCUUCAGGAGCAAUUUGAAGAAGAUCAGAAGGCCAGAAAGGAGUUUUGGGAAGAGCAGGAAAAAGAAAGAGUGAGUAAAAGUUUUUUCAAUUUAUCAUUUAACUGGACAUUUUGCAUUCAUGUUCGUCCUAAUACACAAAUCUUUAAAAAAAAAUUUAAGGUGGAUGUUUUAGGGGCAUACAGAAAAUAGAGGUCUUAACUCCACGAUUAACAUGGCUUUACGCCAGUUUCGAUCACUACAGAACUGGCUCACAAACAGUAUUGCUUCUCUGAGGAAGCAUUUCUUGCUGCUGUAAAUAUAACCAAAUCAUUAAAAACCAUUACUUUGUUUGGUAUUGAUGGUCAUAAUUUGUAUCAAACAUUGCUCUCCAUCAAUGUAACAAAAGGAAGAAGGUACCUUUUUUUUCUGUAAACUGGAGAUAAUGUUAAAGUUUGCCUGAUGUAUGUAAAAUUGUGAACCUAAUUAUGUGGUCAGUAGGAAGAGUUUUUUUUUAUUUUUAAUUUGUAUUGAGGGAAAGUUUUUUUAAAAAACCUUUAAUGUAGUCAAGUCUUAAUAAAACAACUUUUCUCAUUUGGGAUUGUGAAAUACUGAAUUGAAUAUAGCCAAAUUGUUUUUGUUUUCAUGGUAGAAUAUUUAUUAGAAGUAUAUAUGAUUUUUAUUAUUUCAUCUAUCUGUCAGGAUCAGUUAGGUGAACAUUUAUUUAUGUUUCUAUGGUCUAAUGCCUCCCAAAAAAGUCAUUUAAUAAUACCAGCUUUAUUAAUUGCCAGUAAUAUUAUUGUACUCACUCUGGCAUGCAUAAUACGAAACUCUAUGGUUGGCAAGUCAGUCACGUUAGAGCUGAUGACUACCAUACUGGCUCUUUUUUUUUUUUUUUUUUUUGCCAGUUCAUGAAGUGGGUCUGAUACAAAUAGUUUUGCCAUAGUAUUUUAUCAUCCAGUUAAUCAUUUAAUCUGUGAUGUUUAUUAUUUGGCAUACAUUAAACAGAGAGCUGGACUCCACCAUUAUAAUUGCAUUAACAAGUGCUAAUCACUUUAUAACUGGCUCACAAAUAUUGUAUAACUAAUUCUACAGCUUUUUAGUGUUUGAAUAAUAAUUUGGUACUAUGAGAAAAAGAUCUAAUGCAGUUUGUAAGAAAUCCUAAAUAACAGCAUCAGAAUAUCAAAUUUUAUUGAGUCCAAUCAAUCUGUUUAUGUUUCAAAGUGAUGUAUUGCUUUAUUUUUACAGUUGGUAAUUCUUGUAAAUUGGAAAAGUCUAAUUUAUUGACUUUUCCAAAUGUAUUAUUUUCAUCCUGUAAAUAAUUUAAUAUGUGAUUUUUAUUGUUUGGCAUGUAUAAGAAAGAGAGCUGUACUCCACCAUUAGCAUACAUUAACACAUGCUAAUCAAUUUAAUAACCGAAUCCCAAAUAUAAAAUAUUAAUAUCAAGUAUUGUCCAAUUGUACAUUUCUGAUACUUUUGUUUUUAGCUGUUCUAGUAAUUAUAAUGAAUCCGAUAUAUCAGUUUUGCCAGAGUAUUCAUUUAAUAAUCCUGUUAAUAAUUUAAUCUGUGAUGUUUACUAUAUGGCAUGCAAAAACACAAAGUUGGACUCCACCACUAGCAUUACAUUAGCAAGUGCCAAUCACUUUUAUGACUGAAUCCCAAAUAUAAAUAUUAAUAUCAGUCAUUUUUUAAAUAAAAAGCUGUCAUAUUGUCGCAUAGUAUAUUUCUGAUACUUUUGGUAUUUAGACUUUUCUUGUAACUGAAAUGAUUCCAAUUUAUAAUGUUGCCAAAGUAUUUCUUUAAUCAUCCUAUUAAUAAUUUAAUCAGUGAUGUUUAGAAUGUGGCAUACAUAAAACAGAGAGCUGGACUCCACCAUUAGCAUUACAUUAACAAGUGCUAAUCACUAUAUAACUGGCUCACAAAUAUAAAAUAUCAAUCAUUUUUUAAAUAAAAAGCUGUAUUAUUGUUCAAUUAGUAAGUUUCUAAUGCAUAUUAUUUAACUGUUCUUGUAACUGAGACGAGUCCAAUAUAUAUUUGAAGACCACAAGGGAAAAAACGUCAGAGUCACAUUUUUGUUGUUUUGAGAUAUUCCAUUUUUAAAGUUCAAAACCAUGCACAUUAAAAAUGUGUAAACAAAAUGUAAUUUUUAAAAUGCAUUUCACAAGAGUGUCCAUUUCUCUGAGUUAUUAAAUAGAUAAAGUAAUUCAAACUUGAAUCUAACAUGAUUUAUUUCAUUAUAGUAGAGAGUGGGGUCAAAAUGGACUCUGCCGUUUUUUCCCUUGUAGUAAUUUAUCAAGGUUUGAUCAUUGAUAAAUAUCUAUUUAAAACUAUUUUAUAAGUAAAUUUUCACAUUUAGGGGUCACUGGCAAAUUACGUCACGCUUAGAGGGGGUGGGUUGAGAAUAUGCGACACUUUUUGGGAGGGGGAAAGGGGGGGUCAAAAAUUGUGACGUCACUUUUUUUCAUCUCUAAAAGUUUUUAAUUCUUUAAAAAAAAUCAUAAUUUGAUUAAUUUUUAAAACAUUAAUUUGAGGUCAACUUUGCCUCAGGUAUUAUAGUAUUGUACCAUGAAACUCGGUUUUCUAGUAAUACUACAUCUUAUCAUUAUGGCAGUGGUUCUCAACCUUCCUAAUGCCGCGACCCUUGAAUGCAGUCCCUCAUAUUGUGGUGACCCUCAGCCAUAAAAUUGUUUUCGUUAGUACUUCAUAACUGUAGAGGAUAUGCAUUUGCCGAUUGUCUUAUGUGACACCUUUAAAGGAGUCAUUCGACCCAUAAAGGGGUCGCCACCCACAGGUUUAGAACUGCUGCAUUAUGGGAAAAUGUUGAAGAAUAAAAUAAUAUCUUAGUUUAGUUAUGAAAAUUUUAUGUAUGUUUUGAAUUUUUUUAGGUGAUAUGAAAAUGGGGGGGGGGAAAUUUGUGACAUUUCGUGACAAGGGGAGGGGGUGUCUAAAAAGGUCAUUUUUAACGUGAUGUAAUUUACGAAUGACCCCUGCCUUAGGCAAAUUAUUUUUGUUUAAACUAUAAAUAUAAGAACAUGGAUCAUGCCUAGAACUAUCAUUAACAAAAUAUAUUAUUUAGAAUUUAACCUGAAAAUCAGAUUUAAAAUCAUACUUUCUGAGUUUCUGAUGCGCUUCUUACAAUUUUGGCCCAAUAUUAGUUUUUUUUCCCUCUGCCUCUAGCAGUAGUUGUAACUGUAUAAACUUAAGAGUAAAGUCAGUAAAGAGUAACAGACCAAGAUAGCAAGACAGACACUCGAAGAUAAAGAGUUCAGGGGGAGUCAGACACAGAGUUAGAGCGACAGGGAGAGAGACAUACAAACUAACUGAGAUAGGCUGACAGGGAGAGACACAGACAUGCAACAAACAGUGAUAGACUAGACUUGACUAGGACUAGAGCGACAGCGAAAAAGACGAGACAGAUGCACACAUUAAUUAACUGAACAUAACAAAACAAGGGUUAAAUGCGAUUUAAAAAUACACAUUUUAUUUUUUUAAUGUUUUAAGUACAAUUUAUCGUGCUUAUGUUAAUUUGUUUUGUUUUCUUGUGGUAGGAAAUUAAAAAAAUUCAGGUCUGUCAGUUAACUUUUUCGUCGGUUUGUCGGUCAGCUCAGCGAAUCGGUCGCCAUCUUUAAAUUUUGUUUACACAUAGCUAUCUCUCAUUGGACCUUAAAAUCACGUGACUUCAAAUGUCACGUGAUAUUAGUGACUUAGCCCCCUUUUCCAUUGUAAACAUUGGACUAUGCUCCUUUUUCCAUUGUAAACGGAUUUUUCUUAUGGACUUAGCCAUUUUUUCUCCUUUAAACUUAAUUCAGCACCUUCUAUUUUUAACUGGCUAUUAGUCAGGGGUGAUAACUCAAAAAAAUUAAAAAUGGACUCUGCUGUUUUUCCCUUGAGGUCUUAAUUUACUAAAGUAUUUAUUUAAUCACCUAUUAAUAAUUUAAUCUGUUGUAUUUACUAUGUGGCAUACAAAGAAAACCAGAGAGUUGGACUCAACAAUUAUUAUUAUUAUUAUAUUGUCAAAUAGUACAUUUCUGAUACUUUUGGUAUUUAGGCUUUUCUUGUAAGGGAAAUGAUUCCAAUAUAUCAUGUUGCCAAAGUAUUUCUUUAAUCAUCCUAUUAAUAAUUUAAUCAGUGAUGUUUAGAAUGUGGCAUACAUAAAACAGAGAGCUGGACUCCACCAUUAGCAUUACAUUAACAAGUGCUAAUCACUAUAUAACUGGCUCACAAAUAUAAAAUAUCAAUCAUUUUUUAAAUAAAAAGCUGUAUUAUUGUUCAAUUAGUAAGUUUCUAAUGCAUAUUAUUUAACUGUUCUUGUAACUGAGACGAGUCCAAUAUAUAUUUACUAAAGUAUUUAUUUAAUCACCUAUUAAUAAUUUAAUCUGUUGUAUUUACUAUGUGGCAUACAAAGAAAACCAGAGAGUUGGACUCAACAAUUAGCAUUACAUUAACAAGUGCUAAUCACUUCAUGGCUGAACACCAAAUAUAAAAUAUCAGUCAUUUUUUUAAUGAAAAGCUAUCAUAUUGUCCAAUAGUACAUUUCAAAUACUUUUGGUAUUUAGACUUUUCUUGUAACUGAAAUGAUUCCAAUAUAUCAUGUUGCCAAAGUAUUUAUUUAAUCAUCCUAUUAAUAAUUUAAUCAGUGAUGUUUAGAAUGUGGCAUACAUAAAACAGAGGGCUGGACUCCACCAUUAGCAUUACAUUAACAAGUGCUAAUCACUAUAUAACUGGCUCACAAAUAUAUAAUAAUCAGUCAUUUUUGAAAUAAAAAGCUGUAGUAUUGUUCAAUUAGUAAGUUUCUAAUGCAUAUUAUUUAACUGUUCUUGUAACUGACACGAGUCCAAUAUAUAUUUACUAAAGUAUUUAUUUAAUCACCUAUUAAUAAUUUAAUCUGUUGUAUUUACCAUGUGGCAUGCAAAGAAAACCAGAGAGUUGGACUCAACAAUUAGCAUUACAUUAACAAGUGCUAAUCACUUCAUGACUGAACCCCAAAUAUAAAAUAUCAGCCGUUUUUUAAAAUAAAAAGCUGUCUUGUUUUUGAAAUGAACAUUAUUAUUAUUAUUAUUAUUAUAUUGUCAAAUAGUACAUUUCUGAUACUUUUGGUAUUUAGGCUUUUCUUGUAAGGGAAAUGAUUCCAAUAUAUCAUGUUGCCAAAGUAUUUCUUUAAUCAUCCUAUUAAUAAUUUAAUCAGUGAUGUUUAGAAUGUGGCAUACAUAAAACAGAGAGCUGGACUCCACCAUUAGCAUUACAUUAACAAAUGCUAAUCACUAUAUAACUGGCUCACAAAUAUAAAGUGUUGGUCAUUUUUUUAAAAUAAAAAGAUGUAGUAUUGUUCAAUAUACUUUUUGUAAUUAGGCUGUUAUUGUAACUGAAAUGAGUCCAAUAUAUCAUUUUGCCAAAGUAUUUAUUUAAUCAUCCUAUUAAUAAUUUAAUCAGUGAUGUUUAUUUUCUAUGUGGCAUACAUAAAACAGAGAGCUAGACUCCACCAUUAGCACUACAUUAACAAGUGCUAAUCACUAUAUAACUGGCUCACAAAUAUAAAGAUUAUUUUCACAUUAGACCAGUGUGUGUAUGGUAACUUCAAUCAGAACAAAACUUUUGGAUGAUUUAAAAUAUCUUUAAAUUUUUCAGUAAUGUCUUAACAUUGACUUUGGAUUACUUUUUAUAUAAUUAAUGUUUUAAAUUGUACGUUGCACCAUAUUUUGCACUGAGUUGUUCUGUUAAAAUGAUUAUGUAAAUGCAUAUUGCAUUUGUUAAAGUAUUUUUUAAAUAAUGGUUUUGGCGCAUAUCUGUCAGGAUUGACUCUCUUCCUUGGCCUUUGACAUUAUCGUCAAAGCAUUAACUCUUAAAUAUUCUUGGUUUUUCCCCCUUUUUUGUGCUCGGUUUGAGUGACCUCAGUAAUUUAAACUUCUGUAAAUCAAAGACUCUAACAAUAGUGGCAUGUUAUAUACCAAUAGAUUCACAAUUGAAUUAUCUUUAAAUUGAUAUAAAAAAUAAUAUAAUUUUUAAAAUGGUUUUUGAUAAAAAUUUAUUGGAUCGAGUUAUUUUUACCCACAAAUUUAAAUGAAAAUUACAAUAUGACACAAACAGUAUGAAAGAAAAAAAAAAGUGUUUCUUACAAACUUAAAAUCUUUAUUAUGGCCAUAAACAAUUACCAUUUGUACAAAACAUAUUGCAAUUUCAAAGAAUUUCACUCAAAUUUAAAAUAAUGAGACGAUUUUUAAAAAUGUAUAAUGAAAUCAUGAAAAUGAAAGAAUUUUUUUUUUUUUUUACAUUUUUAAGAGAAUUUCUAAUUUUAACUUGGGAGUGUUCUUAUAACUAAAACCAUAGUUGUUUGAUAUACAAAUCUGAAUAAUGAUACUAUUAAUAAUAAAAUAUUUUUAAAAAAAUAUAUAUUUAUGAUUUGAACAAAACAUUUUAAAUUAUUUUUUGUGAUAUAAAAGAAGACAAUUUCUGUCCUCUUGAAAGCACAAAAAAGUACCACAACCAUUGCAAUAUACCCUUGUUCUUCUCUGUAGUUUAUAAAGUGCAUAACAAUAUUUACAAAUUUUUCUUUUAUUUGAUGGAACCAUAGUUGGCAAUAUGGUAUGACAUGUCAUUUCAAUCUUAGGUUUUAUUGCACUGACCACUGGAGCAAAAUCAUCUAUGUUUGCCAACUGUCUUAUUAGUUCAACUGUAAAAUCCAGUUGACUAAAUGAUGGUGGCCUUUUUAAAAUUUCAAGAUCAGGAUUUUGCAUUCUCCAAUCUUGAAAUAAUAUAUAACUAUUAACCCUAGCAAUAUCAAUGAAAUGAAAAAAUAAAGUUUUCCACCACUUAUUUGUCUUCCUGAGCAUAUUAUAUUUAUUUAAAAGCUGAUCACUCUUAUCUACCCCUCCCAUACUAAUAUUAUAAUCCCUUACUAAUACAGGUUGCCUAACUUCUAACUUUUCAAAAACUCCUUUAUUUUUAUUUCUCCUAAAUACAUUAUUAAAUUCAUUAGCCUUAUGAAUAGUAGAAACUAACGAUACAGUUUUAUUGUCCUUCCACUGCAUUGCUAGCACUUCUUCUUUCCUAACCCACCUCAUAUCCCCUCUCUUGCUGGUCUUUUCCCAUUGUUUUAUAUUUUUUAAUUCAGGUGGAAAGCCUUUCCUACUUGAAAUUAUAGUCCCACAUGCUGAUAUACCUUUCUUUAAAAGGUCAGUCAGCAAAGCAAAACUUGAAUAAAAAUUGUCAAAAUAUAAAGAAUAACCCUGGUUGAUAAGGGAAGAUACUAAUUUCAUAACAACCCCAUAAGCUAAACCUAAAGUAGGAACAUUGCCAGUUUUACCUAAAUAAAUGUCAAAAUCAUAAGUAUACCCCGAAAUUGAAUCUGCGAGAACCCAUAAUUUCAUUCCCCACUUAGUUGGUUUAUCUCUAAUAUAUUGGCGAAAUGAGUAUCUUCCCUUAUUUCUCACCAUUCUUUCAUCAAUUGAAAUAUUAGGCCCUGGUUGAUACAGUUUCAUGCACUUCCUUCUAAUGAAGUCAAACAAAAAUCUAACUUUACAAAGUUUAUCAUUGGUUACCUCAGUAUUCCGGUUCGAAACUUUUAGAAAACAUAAUAUUUGUUGAAAUCUAAACCUUGUCAUAAAUUGUCUAGCCCAUAAUCCAUUGAAUAAUGAUUUCUUGCUCCAAUAACAUUUGACAUUUGGUGCUUGCACAAGUCCCAUGUACAUGAGAAGGCCCAUGAAUGUUAAUAGCUCUUGAUUGUUUAUAUCUAUCCAGUUUUUGAACAUUGAGGGUUUAGUGGGUCCCAUGGCAGUUGCAUUGUCAUUGGUAUAUUUGCAGAGUGUCUCCAGUAAUGCUUCUGUAAAGAAUAAUUUGAAAAUUGAAAGAGGAGUAAGAUAUUUCUUCCUCUCAUCUCUGGUUGUUGAUUCGGGGAAAUGGGCACCAGGUGGUCGUUCAGGCUUGAAUGCAGGAAUGGGCUUGGGGGGUCCAGGGUCAAAAUCAUCAUAACUGUGAAAUAAAAAUAGAUGUAUAAACUUUAGAUAUAGAAUUGAAAAGAAGUGUUUAUAUAAUUAAACACAAUUAAAUACACAACAAUGUUCAAUGUUACAACUAAUGUCCGGAAAAUUAUAACCUUAUCAUGAAGCAUGUUAUAAUACCAAUCGAAAUACUGAUUUCACUUUGUAGCGUAACCAAUGUAAACAAAGAGAAAUGUCAUUUGUUAUGGAUUUGGGAAAAAAAUUAUAAUAAAAUAAAUUCUUUAUAAAAAAGAAAAAGAAAAAAGGAUAUAUUACUAAAAUGAAUGUUCUAUAAUUCUAUAUAUGGCAUUGCUACCGUAUGCAAACGUAACUGCAGUAAAAUCAAUUUAAACUGUGAUCUGUCAGACGAGUGGAAGAAAACUGUAACAAAGAAAAAACUAUUACCUUCGAUAGUGAACUUGUCCACCGGUAAAAGGCAAGACAUUCUCAAUAUCACUGUCGUUUUCUUCCUCCUCUCCAACAGAAGUUUCAUCUUCACUUGAAAUAUAACUAAUUUCUUCAUCAGAUAUUACCUUCGAUAGUGAACUUGUCCACCGGUAAAAGGCAAGACAUUCUCAAUAUCACUGUCGUUUUCUUCCUCCUCUCCAACAGAAGUUUCAUCUUCACUUGAAAUAUAACUAAUUUCUUCAUCAGAUGACGAAUAUUCAGCCAUAAUUUUAAAAUAUUGCCAUCGACUCGUCUCGUGAAAAGUUGAAAUGAUUGUAAAGAUGGCGGACGGGAAUCGCGUAGCGUCGAAAAAUAACACGCGGAUCGGAGCAAAUUUUUUCAAAUUAAAAAUUUUAAUACAAACUUAAAAUAGUAUUUUUUAAUUAAUUUGUCCAUUAAAUUAAAGAUAAAAGAUAAAAAUAACUUCAGUUUAUAAAAAGGUUAGAAAAAAAUCAAGUUUGAAUCCAUCAGCCACCGGUGUCCGAUAAGUCAAUUCAACGUACCUUGAGAGUUAAACCUCUUAAUCCUAUAGAGUUUGGAGCAGCGGUAACUCAAAAUUGUAAUGUUUGAUGUAUUCAAUCAUUAUUUUUUUUUUCCCAAAUUAUUUGAAAUGGAAAAAUUAAUUAAGAAAGAGUUAACAGAGAGAAUAUUUACAAUACAUUUUGGGCUAUGUUUAUUAUUGCCAUAAAUAAUUUCUUCAUUAUCAAAGCAGAGAAUUAUAAGCUGCUGGUUAUGUUGAUGUAAAUCUGGCAUACAUAAUAUAGAGAACCAAACUUCACGGUUGGCAAUGCAGUCAAAUCAGAGCUGAUCACUACAAUAAUGACUCACAUUGCAUAAUAUUGAUUUGUAAUUACAACUAAGAGUGUUAAAUGAAAAUAUCUGGACAAAAUUUAGAAAUAGCUCUAAAAUUAAAAAAAAACAAAAAAUCUUGUAGACUAAUGUAUUUGUUUUGCCAUAGUAUUUUUGUCAUCCAGUUAAUCAUUUAAUCUGGUAUGUUUAUUAUUUGGCAUACAUAAAACAGAGAGCUGGACUCCACCAUUAGCAUUACAUUAACAAGUGCUAAUCACUUUAUAACUGGCUCACAAUUAUAAGAUAGCUUUUCUUACAUUAUUCUAGGAUGUGUAAGGUAAUUUAAUUUAAACCAAAAAAUCUUAUCUAUUUCAUUCGACAAAAAUUUAUAAAUCAUCUAAGUUAAAUUUUAUCACUGUUUUCGGUGUAUACUUUAAAUAAAAUUAUAAAGUAUUUUAGAUAUCUUCUAUAUCUUUAUUUUAAAUGGUCAGUUCAUCUUAGUUACACUGGAAGUUUUAACUUUACUUAAUUUAUUUACUUGGGGGGGGGGGGGGGGGGGGCAUAUAUGCCUUUCCCCAAUCCAAAAAAUUAUAAAGUAUUUUAGAUAUCUUCUAUAUCUUUAUUUUAAAUGGUCAGUUCAUCUUAGUUACACUGGAAGUUUUAACUUUACUUAAUUUAUUUACUUGGGGGGGGGGGGAGGGGGGGCAUAUAUGCCUUUCCCCAAUCCAUAUUUGACAAGUGGCUUGUUACUCCCUUAGAUGUAGGAGGAAGGGUUUAGAGUCAUAAAGCAGCGUAAAUAUUUUCUGUAUUCAAUCAUUUAUUAAUAUUUUCUAGUAGCAUGAAAACUGAAUAUUGCAAAGAAUUUAAAGUCUAUUGUUGUGUAUUUAUUGCCAUAAAUAAUUUCUUCAGUGUAAGAGGAGAUUAUUUUAAGCGGCAGGAAAUAUUGAUGUACUUUGGCAUACAUUAAACAGAGAUCUAAACUCCAUGGAUAGCACUCCAGUGAAAUCAGAACUGAUCACUAUUGUACUGACUUACAUCUUAUAACAUAGUUUUGAACAUCAAUCCAUACAAAAUUUCUUGUCUUUUUGGCUAAGCAAAGUUUUGAAGGUCAUCCUGAAAUCUUAUGUACAAACAACUUUUGAAUUUACUUCCAGAUUGAAACGAUGAAGCAAGAGAGGGCACAUGCUCUAGAGACCAAGGCUAGACUAAUCUUAAUGAAAACUGACUUGGACUCUUUCACCAGCACUUUGAAAAAGGCGAAAAAGUCUGAAUAUGAGGUAAUAUUCUAAAAAGCAUGAUUUACCUUAUUUUUGUUGUUACAUGUUGCAUUGAUGUCGUAUAAUCCUGUUAUUUCUUAGAUCUGUUUGUAAAAAUCAUUUCUAUUGCUGUUUAGGAUAAAUUGAAAGAAUUUGAGAAGAUGCUGACAGAGGAAAGACGAAAGCGUUUGAUAGAUCGUAAAAUUAAGCGUAAAGAAGAACGCAGACAGAAAUGGAUUCAGGAAAAAGAGGAAGCUGCUCAAAGGGCCAGAGAUGAAUUGCUUAAACGAGGUAAACUGCAUCAGCAUCUGGAUAAAUGUCUUUUUACAAUUUUUUUUGGAUUUUUGAAUGUCAUAUUGAAUGUAAUAACAAUUUAAAUUAAUUUAUUUUUAAAUGCAGGAUUUUCAAAAUAUUUUUCACCUUUGUUUAAUGGCCAAUUAAAACGUUAUAUUUUAUAUCUUCAGAGCGAGAAGAAAAAGAACGUGAAGAACUAGAGAAGCGGGAAGCAGAAGAAAGAGAAUAUUUGGAGAGAAAAGCAAAAUUGGAUGAGCAGUUAAGCAAGCAAAGGGCUAAAGAAAAGGAAAUAGAGGAAAGGGAAUCCAGGCGCAGAGAAGAAGAAAGAAAACAGUAGGUUUUUAUGUCAUUAAAAUUUACUGGUGGAACGAGAUUCCUUAUAUUUUUAUUGCUUUAAUUUCUAAAGUCCAAAAACAUAAUUUUUAAAUUGAAAUUAUACAUUUAAAGUGAUAAUUUAACAAUAUUUGUCAUAGGAUUGAUUUGCGGAAAGGACCUGAGAGAAUAGUCAGAGAAAGAGAGCCUGAAGGAGACUGGCGUAGUGGUGAUGUUGUAGCUGGAGAUGAACCAGAAGCAGAAGGCAAAGCCUUGAAACCCAAACAAAGGGGUUGGAGAGAGAGGGAAUUGGAAAAAGAGAAUAGCUGGAGAGCCAGAAGGUUAGUUUUUAUUAGAUACUCUUAAUUUUAGAAUGGAAAAAAAAAAGAAUUAAUCUAAGGUAAUUAAUUGAAAUUUUAUAAAAUAAAUGUUAUUUUAAUUUUAGGGAUGCUGGAGAUGAAGAAAGGGGAGAUGAUUCAGUAGUCAAUGGUGGAAAAGAUGCUCUUGUUGAACGAGAAGGUCCCAAAGAACGUGACUUACGAGAAUUGAGAGGGCCACCAAGAGAUAAAGAUGAAAUUCGAGGAGGCCCUCCCAGGGACAAGGAUGAGUUUACAAGAGGUCCAAUUCGUGACCGAGAUGAUAGGGACUCGAGGGCACCUAGAGAUGACAGGGUUUUAAGAGAUGAUCGAGAUUUCAGAGGGCCACUCAAAGAAGAUAGAGAUUUCAGAGCCCCACCAAGGGAUAGGGAACAAGAUGACUUCAGAGGACCUUCUAGAGAUGACCGUGACUUUAGGGAUUCACCCCGUGAUCGAGAUAGAGAUUUUCGUGGGGGACUUGAUGAUAGAGACAGGGCUGGGCGAGAUUUUAGAGAUCGUGCGCCACGAGAUGAUCGUGCUCCUCCACCUAGAGAUGAUUGGCGAGGAAAUAGAGGUGAUGAUCGUGACAAAGCAAGACCUGAAACUGAUAAUUGGCGAUCUGCUCCACCUCGGGAAAGUGCUACACCUCGGGAAAGUGCUACACCUCGGGAAAGUUGGAGAGAUCGGCGUGAUGAUAGGGCACCACCUCCUGCAAGAGAUGAUUGGAGGGGUGGUGAAAGAGCAUCACCCAGAGAUGUCCCACCACUACGAACUGGUGGAGGCUGGAGAGAUAGGGAGAUUCCAACCCCAUCUAGAGCACCUGGAAGAGAUCUUCCAAGAGAGGAACCCCGUAGAGUUAUUGGGGAUUCUGAAGGAAGUUGGAGAAGAGGAGGUCCACCUUCUGAGAGGGAAGAGAAGCGUGGAUUUGACAGAGAUGAUAGAGGUGAAAGAAGACUAGAAAGAGACGAUAGGAGAGGUUUGGAUAGGGAUGACAGAAGACUUCCUGAAAGACGUGGUCCACUUCGAGAUGACAGACAGCUCCCUCCUGAGGAUCGAAGGGUACCUAUUUCUGAUGAGAGACGAGGUCCCCCAGUUGAAAAGAGAGUAGAGAGGGUGGAUGAAGGAUGGAGAAGAGGUAACAUUUUUCCUUUGGCUAUUUUAUUAGUAUCUCUGAAAUUGACAUUUUUACCCAGUGCUAUAAUAAAAAAAGUUUGAUACAACAUGAUUACAAAAUAGUACUCAGUACCGCCACGUAGUUGUCAUACUGACCAAUUCCUUAUUUCGGCUGGAUCCAAUAAAAUGUAAUUUAAUUAGAAUGAGUCCUUAACUCAAGAGCUGUCAUAGGGCUGAUCAUAGCUGCUUAUGUGGCAUUAGGACUGAUGGAAUCUACAAAAACUAUCAUCAAUGCAAAUCAAAAGUUGUACAUUCUUUAAAGGGGGACUACUCAUGUAAAUUAGUUUUUCUUACUUCACAUUGUGGUUAUUUUUUUGUUAAUAUUUUUAAUCGAGCUCAAAUUUUAGAAUGUUUUUGUUAAAAUCAUGUAGGGCUCUUCAAAAACUAUUCAUUUGAAUCAUUUAUUACUGAAAGUGAUUGUAAAGAUACUGAAGUUUGCAUUACUCAUCAUUAAGUAGUGAUAGAAACAAUAGUUUAGUCUGCCGUUCAUGUUGUAGUAGUGAAAGUAGUGAAAAAAAAAUUAUACAAAUACAAGCAUUAGCUCAAGUACUAAUGAAUUUAAUUGGCAUUUUAUAAAGGUAUUUUUGUCACCAAUGAAUUUAUCUAUUAAUUUCUAACAACCCAAAUAAUUUUAAAUUAUAUAAAAUUCCCAAAUUCAACUUUUAAUUCCUUGUCCAUUUUACUCCAAGAAUAUGUAUAAGUUAAAUGGGCUUUGUUUGCAAUUAUUUUUUUAAUGAUAUUUAUUUGUUAUAUGACAAAGUAUCUAAAAAUGCCUUUAUGCUACAGAAAAAUGACCCUCGAGUUUCAUAUGUCAAAGUUUUAAUUGUCUGGAAGUAUUUUAGGCAAGAAUGAUUUUGUAAAUUUAUACUAUUUCAGUUUUGAUCUGAAAAUGAAUAAGAUAAGAUAAGAUUUAGUAACACUUGACCAAUUUUCUAUAUCUCCUCAAUGCAUUGCCCAUUUUAUCCCCAGAAAACAUUUUUCAAAUAUUUUCAAGUUUAUUUAUAGUUUUUUUUAUUAAGAAAAUGUUUGUUUGGUAGCAUAUAAUGUGGAUCUUUCACUUUUGAUUUUCUUACUAACCACCCACUUGUUACUUACUGGGUGCAUGUCAAAAAUAUAACAAUAUCAUUACUGCAAUUUUUUAUAUGCUAAAAAUAGGCUGUAUUAGUAUCAUUAGAUAUACCUAGAGUAUAAUUAUUUUCUUGUCCUAAUGGACCUUCAGCUUGUGGCACUGAGCAGUCAAAAUUUUAAAGAAAAUUCUAUAUUAAGAAAGCUUUAAUAAAUAAUGUAGAGCAGCUCUGACAAUGAGAGAAUGCAAUAAUGUAGAGCAGAGCUUACAAUGAGAAAAAGGUCUUAAAAUCUAUGAAAAAUGAUACACACUUUGCUGAGAUAAAUCAUAAUAUAUAUUAAAUUUUCAGUCUUUAAUUUUAUUUCUUAUUUAGUAAAGUAUCUCCAAGAAACUUAUUGACCAUUAAAAGGCUAUGAGGAUGGCAUGGAUAUUUUUAGUAUGUUUUAGCGUAAAGAGUAAAGUAUUGUUUUUUUUAUUAUUUAUCAGGAAAUUUUGUUUGACUUUAAUCAAAUAUUUAUUAUUUUCCCUUGUCUUAGGUGAUGCUCCACCAAUGGAAAAGAGAGAGCCCAGAGAAGGCGGUAAGUAGUAAAAAAAAAUUAAAAAAAAAAAAAUUAAAAUUUAUAUCUUUAAAUAAAUUAUCUGGCUUUAUUAUUGUUCUACAUGUAAAUAUUAUUUGCCAAAUUAUUUCUUCAGUAUUAAAAGCAGUGCAAUUCUAGGUGCUGAUAGUACUGUUGUACAUUGGCAUACGUGAAACAGAGAACCAAACUCCAUGUUUGGCACUGUAGCCAAAUCAGAGCUGAUCGCUAUUAUUCUGGCUCACAUCCCAAAAUGUAUAUGUCAUUUAUUCUGUAAUUUUUUUGUCCUUCAAAAUCUGGCGGUGUUUGUGAUUCAAUGUGAUGUUUGCGACCAGUGUAGAAAAAUAUAACAUUUUUGUGUAUGGGUGGCUGCUACAUGACAAUGUUUAAGAUAUAUAAAUAUAUAACUUGAAUAUAUUACAAAAUUUAUUUUUGUACAUUACAGGCCAUGAGGAAGAUGAUGGCUGGACUACAGUGCGCUAUUGAAUAUUUAACAGUGAAUAACCUGCACAUUUUUUGUUUUGUUUUACUAAAAUGAUUUAAAGGUAGAAGGUGUUUUAAUUAAAUUCUUUUUAUCUGCUCUCUUCCUUCUUACCAAAAAUAUAAUUGAAUUUGUAAAUUAUUGUGUUUUGUCUCAAAGUUCUUUUGGCAAAAUGUCAAAAGUUAUACCUUACAGCUUUUCCAAUAAAGAAUGGAAUUAUAUGAUGGCGAUGUUUUUUUUUUGUCUGUUGAAGGGCGGCUGAAGCUGUUUCACAUGGCUAAUUUUGUAAAGUUUAGUCCCCUUUAAAUGAUGUAUUAUGCUAUGUCCUUGUUUCAGAUGUCAGUGUUUUUCUCUGUUCAAAAUCUUUACUCAAUUUUAUCCUAUAAUUGAAAUGCAAUCAGUUAUUCAUGCAUCCUGCUGUAUGAGUUUAUAACUGGGGUUAGCUAUAUGCUAGUGAUUCAAUAUGAUUCUACUCUUAUACCAUUUUUGUUUUGCUCUAUCAGUCAUUUCUAGUUGUCUUUAAAUGUUUGUAUUGUGUGAAUAUUAGGGAUAAGUGUAUUAUAAAUUAACUAUUAAGGAAUAAAAUUCUAAACAUACCUGC